ACAAUGCCACCUUUGUGUGGCUUCAGAGUGAAAUUAAUCUUUCGUUUUUCAAUGGUGCCGAUAACUUUAUCGUGCCCAUGCAAAAUGUAAACGCAUUCGACUGUCUCUGAAGAAAUAGGUUUUAUGACAGAAACGCCGAAUAAACGUUUCUGCCGGUCUCUUGUAUUUUGAAGGGAUACCGGUCUGAUGACGUCAUCAUAGAGCGACAAGCGAAUUUACCUUGGGAAGAGUUCACUUAUUAUGGCUUGUGAAGAUGAAGUAAAUCUUUUGGUGAUUGUGGUUGACGUAAACCCCAUAUGGUGGGGACAGCAGGCUCUUAAGCAAUCUGAGGUGACGCUACCAAAAUGCAUCAAUGCGGUGUUGGUGAUGGGGAAUUCUCACCUAUUUAUGGGACGUAAUAACAAGCUAGCUGUAAUUGCUAGCCACAUACAAGAAAGCCGUCUGCUGUUCCCGGGAAAGCGGUGGAAAUGUGGGGACCUCUCCACGGAAGCCUCCAUUCUGGAAAAUAACAUCUCUGGUAGCAAGGAUGGAAAAUAUGAAUUGCUGACAGCUGCAAAUGAUAUGAUUGUGGAUGACAUCAAAGAUCUCAUGACCAAAACUGGAGAAAUGAAAGGACAGAGGACCGACACAGUACUGGCAGGAUCCUUGGCAAAAGCCUUAUGUUAUAUUAACAAGAUAAACAAAGAGGCCAAAGCUGGACAGGAAAUAAAAUCCAGAAUAUUGGUAAUAAAAGCAGCAGAAGACAGUGCAUUACAGUACAUGAAUUUUAUGAAUGUGAUAUUUGCAGCUCAAAAACAGAGUGUUCUUAUUGAUGCAUGUGUACUAGACUCUGAGUCUGGACUUUUACAGCAGGCCUGUGAUAUUACAGGAGGGAUUUAUCUGAAGAUACCACAAGUCAACUCCCUGCUGCAAUAUUUGUUGUGGGUUUUCCUUCCCGAUCCGGAUCAAAGAUCACAGCUGAAUCUCCCUCCACCUGUUCACGUGGACUACCGAGCUGCAUGCUUCUGCCAUCGAAAUUUGAUUGAGAUUGGCUAUGUGUGUUCCGUCUGUUUAUCAAUAUUUUGUAAUUUCAGUCCCAUCUGUACCACAUGCGAGACCGCCUUUAAAAUCUCCCUGCCUCCUGUUAUGAAAGCAAAGAAAAAGAAAUUAAAAGCCAUGUUUUAGAAGAAAUAUUAAAUACUGUCAGACUGACAAGGAUACUACAAUGGGACUGUUAUUUUAAGAUCUGAUGUACUAUUUUGUAAAUAUUCGUGGAAAUAACGCUUGCCAUCAUACCAGCAAAAUCACAUUUUUCUUUUUUUUUUAUUCUAUAAAAUUGAAUAAACCGUUUUAUAUUAUAU